CACCGAGCCGCCCAUCGCGGCUGCGGGGGCCCUGGAACGGAGAUGGAGCGCUUGGGGGCUCGGCCGGGAAGGUGGAACUGGAGCGCGAUGCCAUCCUUCGGUCUCUGGUGUCUACCCCUUUGACGUUUCGUCCCUGAGCUUUGUGUUUUCUGGCUGCCAAGCCGUGAGGUUUUCAUGAGCAGCUUAUUGACCUGGUGUAGACCCGCCGUGUUAACCACACGAAACAAGGUUUUCUUGUCCCGGGAUAACAUGUUUCUCUAAUUGUACGAUCCUUAAAUUUAGAGCAAUCGCAGGCGCUGGCUCAGUCAAUAAAGGAUCCGGGCCCAACACGCACAUUCACAGUAGUUCCCAGGGCAGCAGAAAGUACUGAAAUCCCACCUUAUGUGAUGAAGUGUCCAAGCAAUGGUUUGUGUAGCAGACUUCCUGCAGACUGUAUAGACUGCACAACAAAUUUCUCCUGUAUCUAUGGGAAGCCUGUCACUUUUGACUGUGCAGUGAAACCAUCUGUUACCUGCGUUGAUCAAGACUUCAAAUCCCAAAAGAACUUCAUCAUUAACAUGACUUGCAGAUUUUGCUGGCAGCUUCCUGAAACAGAUUACGAGUGUACCAAUUCCACCAGCUGUAUGACGGUGUCCUGUCCUCGGCAGCGCUACCCUGCCAACUGCACGGUGCGGGACCAUGUCCACUGCUUGGGUAACCGUACUUUUCCCAAAAUGCUAUAUUGCAAUUGGACUGGAGGCUAUAAGUGGUCUACUGCUCUGGCUCUAAGCAUCACCCUCGGUGGGUUUGGAGCAGACCGUUUCUACCUGGGCCAGUGGCGAGAAGGCCUUGGCAAGCUCUUCAGCUUCGGUGGUCUGGGAAUAUGGACGCUGAUAGAUGUCCUGCUAAUUGGAGUUGGCUACGUUGGACCAGCAGAUGGCUCUUUGUACAUUUAGUUGUGGUAUGUGCUUCAGAAAGGAGCAGUGCUUAGAAAAAGCCCUUUUGUCCAUAGGAAUUGAUGUGGUGUGAGUGAUACAUUUCUAUGUUUUUAAUGUACAGCAUCUGUACUUUGUUUGCCUUCAUAAAGGUAAAAUAAAGAAAUGAAACAGUGAACUGUGCUAAUCUGGAAUUUGUUUUUAUUUGCCUGAAAUAUAUUUUUUUCUGUGAAAAAAUUAAAACGUACUUAAGCCAAGAGAAUGACUUCUACAGUGAUUGAAAAUCCAUUUAAUUCCUAUGACUUUUGUUUUGUAUUGCUCAAGUCAAACUACAUCACUUGUAUCUCCAGCUCAAAUGUAAUCUGCCUUGCAAAGCCUUUAAGCUAUGAUUGCAGGAAGUGGAAAGUGUUUUUAUUGUUAGCUAAUUG